AUGUGCCGCCGGUGGCAAAUAUAUAAGUCGCGCACGUACGCGAAAGUGCGGCGGCCAAUGGUCAAAGGAUCAGAAGGGUCAGAGGGUCAGAAGGGUCAGAGGGUCAGAAGGGUCAGCGGUCAGAAGGGUCAGAGGGUCAGAGGGUCAGAAGGGUCAGAGGGUCAGAAGGGUCAGCGGUCAGAAGGGUCAGAGGGUCAGCGGUCUGAACAUACCAAAUCAUACUACUGA